CGCGGGAAAACCGAUCAUUUCUGAGUGAACAGUGAAGCUCAUGUGCAGUAGGAGCAAUGACUCUUUUUCAUCAUGUUGUUGAUCGAGGGAUUUCAAAAAGGAGACGCACUGAAAAUCGUCGAGAGUUUCCUCUCUCUUCUUUACUGGACGGGUUUCAGUGUAUCAGACAAGAUGAACAUAUUUCAUAUGGAGCUUCAGCUACUGCAGUACCGCCGUUUGGAUGCACGUUUUCGUCUGCUCCUGGCCAUCAAAACAACGUUGCGGUUGCAAACGAAGAAGGAUUUGUGACCAUCUUUAAUACUGGGGAAAUAAAGAGCUCAGUCCUGAAAGAGUGGCAGGCACAUGAUAAUGCUGUGUUUGAUAUCGCUUGGGUUCCCGGUGCGAACAGUUUGGUAACAGCCUCUGGUGACCAAACCGCACGUCUGUGGGAUGUCAUUACCGGUGAUCUGCUGGGAACUUUUAAAGGCCAUCAGUGCAGUUUAAAAUCAGUGGCUUUCUCAAAGCAUGAGACAGCUGUGUUCAGCACAGGUGGCAGAGAUGGGAACAUAAUGGUCUGGGAUACACGAUGCAGUAAGAAAGAUGGCUACUACAGGCAAGUAAAACAGAUCAGUGGGGCCCAUAUGAAACCUGAAAGACACACACCUCAAACUAAGAAAAGACGUGGAAUGGCGCCCCCUGUGGACUCCCAGCAAGGUGUGACAGUGGUUUUGUUCUGCGAUGACAACAAGCUCAUCUCUUCAGGAGCAGUAGAUGGGACCAUUAAAAUGUGGGAUUUGCGUAAGAACUACACUGCAUACCACCACAACCCCCUUCCGCUGCAGGCGUAUCCUUAUCCAGGCUCCUGUACACGCAAACUGGGGUAUUCUGGUCUUUCACUGGACUCCACCGGCUCCAGGCUCUUCUCCAACUGCACAGAUGACAAUAUCUACAUGUUCAACAUAAGUGGUUUAAAAACUACUCCAGUUGAGGUAUUUAAGGGCCACUGCAACUCCUCAUUUUAUGUGAAGUCCAGCGUCAGUCCAGAUGACCAGUUCCUGGCUAGUGGAUCCAGUGACCAUCAUGCUUACAUAUGGAAGAUUUCUGAUCCAAAACAAGGUCCCAUGAUGCUUCAGGGUCAUAGCCAGGAAGUCACUUCGGUUGCAUGGUGUCCCACUGAUUUCACAAAGAUUGCUUCUUGUUCAGAUGACAACACUGUUAGGAUUUGGCGCCUGAACCGCAGACCAGAUGGAGAAAACGCAUCGAAUGGAGAUGCCAAUGUUGUAGGCUGGACCCUUCGUAAAAUCCAGUCACCAACCAGAACACCUGGCCCUCUUAGCCCUGUUGCUGUCACUCCAGCCAAAAGCUCCAUGUCUGCGAGAUCUGCGACUCUGGCUUCACCCCAGCCUGCUGCUUGUGCCCCCACUGGUGCUGAUCUGCCCCUCCCAUCAAACACAUCUGCACCUGUGGCCAAACUCAGCAGCCCCAAAGUCCCUUCAUCCAUCCAGCAGUGGAUCACCCGUGGGACCUCCCCAGCUCAAUGCGGUGCAUCUCCGUGUCGUAAGGUGCUUAAUCCUGUCCUGCAGGGAUCCUGCUCUGAACGACGUGCCAAGCGACGACUGGAAACGGGUGAUGGCUCUGGUUUGGGAGAGGAGAGUGAUGGGGUAUCAGAGUUAUAUCCGGAUGUCAAGAGGAGCAGGAGUUCGAUGAGCUCAAACGGCUGUUCUUCUGAGGAGAAGUGCAAAUUAUUUGGUUUGGAAACAGAAGGGAGUUCGGUCGUUCACGCCGAUAAAGAAAACAGCUCUCCGGGAAAGUCUGAUUGGCUUUCUGUUAUCAGCCAAAGACUGAAAGGAUCUGCUCGGCUCAAAAGUCCUAGCAACAAGCGGCAGGAUGUUAAAACGCCCGGCUCCACAGCAGCAGUUUCACCACGUCCCAUGAAGUUCAUCUCGACUUCACCAGCCCAGAAAGCGUCACCCUCCAGACCCAUGAAAAAAAUCUCUAGCUACUUUACUAAAAGGACUCAAGACUGAUCAUUUUAAAUCAGAUCAUCUCUGCAGAGAUUUGAGUAUUUGACAUUUGACAAAACCCAAUGGUGUAAAUUCCAGUCCAGGUUUCCUGAGACGCAAGAAAGUUUUUAAAGGAAUAGCUGAUACAGCUUGUAUUUAUGUAUGUUAUUUGUUUAUUUUUAUCAAGUUGUACGUUUUUACAUAUGUAUAAAUUUCCUUACUUUGAAGAAAGGGUCAAAUUGAUGGAGAAUUUGAUGAACAUUAGAGAGUAAAAUGAAAGCAUUUGACACCACAAUUAAACUCUACCAAAGCUUUAUAUGUCUGUCUGUCAUGUGUAAUUUAAGCUUGGACCCUUUAAAACAAUUUGACAUGCCUAUAAAAGUUGUCGCACCAAAAAUAGAAAGUUUUCUGAGAAUUGGAUAAGCAUUGUGUUCGUAUAUCCAUUUUUAUUUAGAUAAAUCUAUAUGAUGCCCUUUAUUUGAACUUGUAUGUCCCAAAAUAUGGCUUACAUGGUUUUCAGAGUUGUGUGUAUAUUGAUUGUUAAGCAGCACUUUACAUAAUACAAAUCCAUGUCCAAUUAGCCCAGUGCUUUUAAAAUAUUGAACAUCUACUGUAUAAUGAAGUUCCCAGUUUAAAGUCUAAAUUUUUUACACUUUGUAUCUGUGAUGUUAAACAUUUAGACCUUAGUUUAAGCAAACUGCAUUCAUUCUGUACCAUAAACAGUACCUCUCCUUAUUUUAUUAUGAAAUAACGUUGGUUUGGAAUCUGACCUGCCCUGAUGCUUCCACCUUUAUAUUUUUAUCCUGUUUGUUCCUACCUUGUUUUUAGUAUGUCUUUAGUAUGUAUUCAAGUACAUGUUUUUUUGUUGUUGUUGUUUUUUGCUGUUAAGACUAACAAAUCCAAAAUGCCAUUUAAACUUUCCGAUGGACCCGUUAAUGGGUUAAAUAUCUGCUGUGUUUAUAACAUUAAUUCUCACUUAUUUAUCAUAGUUCAAGCAUAUUAGUUCACAGUUUAUAGUCGUUAAGUUAUA